AUGUCCUCAUACUACUCAUCCAGCAACAUCCCCACACACUCGGGAUCCAGAUGCAAAAACGAGCAAGGAGUCUUCUCUGCCCAUCUCGUCAUCCCCAUCUACGCGACCAUUUGGCUGAUCUUCUGGCUCCUAGGUGUCUUUCUCCAAAUCUCCAUUUUCAUCGGCAGCUGUCUGGCCCAGGGUAAGUCGCCGUCCCGAGGCAGUGUGACAAUCUCUCUAGACAUGCCUGUCUUUGCUUUGUUUUGCAUUGGGUUGUGGGGGGCGAUCAAGCUCUCGACGUGGUUGCUUGUCGUCUUGUGCUCGCUCUUUACUAUGGUCAGUGAUGCCGACGAGGAGAAUGCCCGCGCGGCUCGCCAGCGAAGAGAGCAGGUCCUGCGGCGGCGGGCUAUGAGGCAAGUGCAUUACCAUUGA